AUGGCUUUCCUCAAACGACGUGGAUAUAAAUUUCAUGUUGACUUGGAGCUUCUACAUUUAAGUGACGUACCAUUGGUUAAUGCUGUCCUUUUUGCUAAGGUUCGCUUAUUGAAUGGUGGUGCAUUUGAAGGUGUAACGGAACGUGUCCAAGUACUCAAUCAUUCAGCUAAUUGGAACAGUCAUUUCAAUUUCUCAUGUCGAAUUGCACCGGAUCCCUUGACAGGCGUCCUUGAAAGAUGUGCAUGCAGAAUUUCUCUUCGUAAAGAGCAGAAAGGUGGCAAAUCAUAUUCGAAACUUGGCUUCGUUGAUAUUAACUUGGCACAGUUUGCUGCAUCAGGUGUUGAAGGGAUAGCUCGUUCAUAUCUACUAGAUGGUUAUGGAAUAAAUCAACGUCAGGAUAAUUCUAGGAUUCUGAUUAAAGUCACAAUGAGUCACCAAAGUGCGGAUCCAAUUUUUAAAGUGCCACGGAAUGAGUCACUAUCAGAAGAGUUAAUCUUGAAUCCAAUGGAUAGGAAAGCACCACCAAACGAUGACUAUCUUUCACAGAAAAAGGGAGACACUGAUUCUGCUGAUUCAUCAUCCAUAGAAGAUGUGUCGCAAUGUCAUGAUGAUAGUUCUUUGGCAAUCGCAGCAACGUCUGCUGGUAUUUGCUUUGACCACUACGCAGUUGAAAAUUCAUUCAAAAACAAUAGCCUGAAGAAAUCGGAUGUAAUUCGGCGGAAUAUUGGUACAGCUUUGGCGCAGUCUAGGAGAUUAAGUCAAGACAGAUCUCAGAUGGCUAAAAAUAAUGAAUGCGUGAAUGAAGCAGCUACAAGGAUACGUGCUACACGUGUGGAUGCGGAAGACUUGAUUGAUCGUAUGUUACAAGAAACAGUCAUCAGUGAUAAUGGAUCCGAAGAUCGGUCCGCUGAUAGAGGAUUAGCACUUUUUGUAUCAAGAAAUGGUGAAGCGGUUGUAGGCGCAAAUAUGUUGCCCACAGAUUCGUUCGAGCGUGUUCAUAUAUCAUCGGAUGCAGGCUCACCGUUAUCUAACGGUUGA